CGUGAAGCUUGUCGUACAUCUGGCAACCCUGGGACAGACCAGAGUUCCGUAUGGAGACUUAGUUAGAACCUGAUUCGCCCGGACUCCUUCAACAUACCUAACCAUCCAGUGAAUUUCAUUACGAAAUAUUGAAACAGUAUCUUGAUUGUUGUAUGAGUGUAGGAGAAAUGGCGCCUCUGCCCAAUGUCCACCAUACCAUCCCUGACUGGAUUGAGCAAAACAAGAAGUCAUUUCUACCACCAGUCUGCAACCAUAUGAUGCAUGGUGACGGACAGCUGAAGGUGUUCUACGUGGGAGGACCCAACCAGAGGAAGGACUUUCACAUCGAGGUGGGGGAGGAGUUCUUCUAUAUGUUGAAGGGCGACAUGAACCUGGUCACUCUCCAGAAUGGUGCCUUCAAGGACGUCAUCAUCAAGGAGGGGGAGGUCUUCCAGUUGCCAGGAAAAAUCCCUCACUCACCACAGCGGUUUGCAGACACACUGGGACUCGUCGUAGAGCGUGAACGACUCAAAACGGAACAUGACUGUCUAAAGUACUACGUGGAGGGGACCACCCAGUCACUGUUUGAGAAGUGGUUCUACUGUGAGGACCUGGGCACACAGCUUGUCCCCAUCAUCAAGGAGUACUUCGCCUCGGAACAACACAGGACUGGCAAACCCAUCCCUGGAACCAUCCCUGAGAAUCCACCCUGGCAGCCUGAUGCCUUGAGGAUUGUGGAGACACCCUUCUCCCUGGCCAAGUGGCUCAAUAAGUAUCGUGCUGAAAUUCAGCAGGAGGGGAGUAAGAGGCUGUUUGACUUAAGCUACCAGAGUGACGUCACUGUCCUGGGCCGAGGGACUACAGACCUCCACCUGACUAAGGCCGAGACGUGGCUCUGGCAGCUGGAGGGCGAGAGCUCGGUGGUGAUUGGGAAGGAGAAAUUCGUGCUGAAGCCCCAAGAUUCUCUCUUGGUGAGGAUGGGCACGCCCUUCUCUCACACCCACGGGGAGGACUCCCUCACUAUCUCUAUCGUGAUGGACCCUGGCAACAAGGAACGUGGCUUCACUCACCUCAAAAAGAAUUAGAAGUUGUUGUGGUUCCCAUGUUUCCGAGCCAGGAAAUGACGCCAUGCAUGUCAUAACAAAAAUAAAGUCAUUACUGUAUAAGAGAUUACUAACUAAUAAGAGCAAACUUCUCAUCUCCCUUUAAUAAAUAAUAAUACAUCAAGCAUAUUUCUGUCAUUUUGUCAACAGUGAACCAAUUUCCAGAGACUUUUAACUUCCAGUUUAUUUCUGCCAACUUCCAACAAGUUCCUGAUGACGAGAUGCAUCAACAUUUUCUCAGUGCAUAAAUUCUUUUCAAGUAACAAGUUGGAAUUUGGUAGUAAAUUAGUCAAAAUUAUGGAGAAGUUUACUUUACACUGGGGGAAGGAUAAGUUUUUUAGGGGUUUAAAUGCUUCAAACAUAUGUGAUGUAUUCAGAAUAUAUACAGAAAAGACAAUCCUGUAUGACAUUCAGAAUGUAUACAGUAUUGUGUUCUAAUAGUUCAUAUAGACAAAUGUGUGUGUGCGAGUGACUGUGUUGGCUACUACACAUGACCUCACAGGCCUAGAAUCCAUAAAUCUUGUUUUGUUUUUUCCCCCAAAAUUUAAAAAUAAAACUAAUAGUCAAAUGCAUUGGAAGAUUAAUGUUGAAAAAUUAAUCUGGUUUUGAUGUGAGGUGUGAUGUGAGGGGCCAAAGAGGUUUACAUAACACUUGUUGAAGAGUUUUAUAUUGUUAUAUAUAUAUAAGAGUUUGUUGUCUUUUUAAAGUUGUUCAAUGUUAAUAUCAGAUUAAAACUAAUCUCAAA